AUGGGGGCUGCAAGGCUGCCUUCUGGCUCAUUUCGACUGGUUCAGAGACCAAGCUCAUCUCCCAGGCUGACUGCAUGGCGUAUGACCCGUUGGAUUCAGCUGCCCGAUUUUAAGCUGGAUGGCGCAGUAGCUGAAAUUUUGGUCGAUUUCUGCCAUCACGGCCCUCGUCCCAGUUCAACCCUCAUCCUCUGCUACAUGGACGUGUUGAUCAGCUCUCGACGCCCGCCACUGCACUCUCUUCAAUGGCACAAAGACUUUUCUGUCCGGCAGACAACCGUCUAUCACGGCCAAUACAAUCGACUACGCAUUCCAGCUGGCGGGUUCGCUGGAAUUUCAGACAACACGGCGUUCCUGCCCGUUCGCCAAUGGGGGUCAGAUGAGCAUAUUCGACGGCCUCCUGAAGGGCUGUAUGCUCGUGUCUCCGGCAUGGACGCAGAAAUGCUCUAUGCGCAUCUCAAUCAAGAUGUAGGUUGCUUCCUAACUGAGGUAUGGAUUCUCCACCAACUUCUCACAGAGAGCAGGUCGUGCAGAGCGCCGAAUUAUAACCGCGGAUUUAUCCUGCAGUUCCAUCUUCCACAUUACAUCCUUCGACAAGCGGAUGACCAAGUAAAAGACUGUUGGAGACUACGGAAGCACCGUCUAAUUCACCUCUCUCGUCGGAACGCUUACGAGGUGCAACUGUCCCUUAUAGUGUAUGGGGUCGAUGAGCCCUCUUCGCCCAAUGCAAAACCUCUUUACCCUCAUUGUAUGCAAUCUCUGCGACACCAAACAGUGACCCUCUUCUAUCGCAACGGGCUGUUUGCCGGCCGUGGUCUCCCUAGGGCUGUUGUUACCUUUAGCGCCCAAACAAGUAAGGAAGAGCGUCCUGUCGUAACAGCCGCCCAUAUCCGUGUUCUUCUGCCUCGGCCUUUGAAAGUGGAAGCUGGUCAGUACAUCAACCUCUGGAUGCCGUCAGUCAGUCUAUCAUCAUGGAUGCAGACACACCCUUUUAUAGUGGCAUCAUGGUCUAGUAAUCAGCAGGAUACUGUUGAGCUCCUCCUCCAGCCACGCCAUGGCUUGACCGCUGACCUUGUUCGCUACGCGCCCACGGCGAAUGAAAGCUCGGUUUCCUUCCUAGCCUUGUUCACCAGCCCCCAUGGAAUGAUUGACGAUGUCCUCCAACUCCAUUUGGUAUGGGAAGUAAAGUCUGUUGGCGAGAUGGCCGCAGCCCUGGCCCUGCUGAAUAACCUCCUGAAAGACGACAUCAUGGAUAAUGGCUAUGGGCCACCAUAUUAUCAGAAUAUUGUAUUCGUCGAGGCGUCUGGCGACCAGAUUGAGAGGCUGCCUAACAUCCGGGACAAGCAAGGCAAGACAUUGGUGGUGGUGUCCGCAGCCGACGGAGUGCGAGAUCACAUACAGAAGACAGUACGGAGACACCUUUAUCAGGGCAUGAACCUUUUUGAACUGGAGUACCAGCCGUGCGCAGACUGA